AUGUCUCUAAAAUAUCAAGGAAACCUAGAUGGAAAACAGGUGGCAGUCUCUGUAUCGGAAACGGGCUUCGAAUAUGAAGAUCUAAAGUCAACGCAAACGUCAUCUGUGUUGUUGGACAAGAUAGUAACCGUUUUUCCUAUUUCCAAUGAAGGGAAUGAGGAUUCUCAAAUCAGCAUUCUUUUUAUCGAGCAGAGCGCUUCGGAUAAUUCGGACAUCAGGUUGAAGUGCCUGGAAGUUCGCGGGCUUCAAGAUGCAUUGUGGCACAGGACGAUGACCGUGCUCCCACCAUAUUUAAGAAUCCCACCAAGCAACACUUCGAACAUACAUGUUGUUGUCUCUACACAUUCAGGGACCCAUGGAGCUCUUCGCUUUUUCGACAAUGCGUUACGGCCUCUGCUGUCAAAGAUGGGCAUUGAGGGUUAUCAACAUUAUGAAACACAGUCAGCAGAGACGAUCAUUGAAUUGAGCCGAGCGAUAUUCCUGCCAAAGGCACAAGCAGGAGUAAGGCAAACUAUUAUUUUACUUUCAGGGGAUGGUGGGCUCGUUGAUAUCAUCAAGGUCCUUUCGGGGAUGGGACACUCCAGUAGUUGUGAUAUGGGUGUGUUUGUCGCGCCAUAUGUCUCCCUUAUUCCCAUGGGGACCGGAAAUGCUACCGCAAACUCAACUGGUCUAGCUGGAGAUGCUACAUGGGGACUAUCCACAUUGCUACACGGAAGACCCCAGAGGUUACCCCUAUUCCGAGUCUCCCUGUCGCCAGGCUCAGCGUAUGUGAUAGAUGAAGGGCGACGGAAAAAACCAAUGCUCGAAUCCACCGAGACAAAUGGCGCUGCAGAGGUGUAUGGAGCAGUGGUUGUUAGUUGGGGCAUGCACGCAUCCCUGGUAGCGGAAAGCGAUACCACUGAAUAUCGCAAAUUCGGUGCCGAGCGAUUUCAAAUGGCGGCAAAAGAGCUCCUAUACCCCUCGGAUGGCAGUCAAACACACCAAUACCAAGGCGGAUUAACGCUAAUAAAGAAGGGCCUACCUGGCGCUGAGGGUGUAGUGGCGGUUGAUAGAAUGAAACAUAUGUACGUUCUGGUUACGCUGAUGUCGCAGCUUGAGAAGGGAUUUACCAUAUCUCCAUCGUCUACUCCAUUAGAUGGGCAGCUAAGGGUAGUUCAUUUUGGGCCGUUGGAUCCGGAUGUCGCUAUGGGACUAAUGAUGAAGGCAUACGAUGGUGGAAAACAUGUGAACGACAAUCUGGUUGGAUAUGAAGCUGUGGAAGGAGUGAGAAUUGAGUUCCAGGAGGAAGAUGACAAGUGGAGGCGAGUUUGUGUUGACGGGAAGAUUCUGGUAAUAGAAAAAGGAGGAUGGCUAGAAGUUAGAGCGUCCAGCGAAAAUUUGUUGGACUUGAUUAUUCUAUAA